AUGUUGCUCCUCCGUGCGGGGUCCCCCUCCCUGCUCGUGUGCCUGUUGCUUGUGCUUGUACUUGUGCCGAACGCCCACGCUUUCGGCGCGGGCAACAUUGCCUCCAUCUCUGCCGUUGAGGGCAAGAAUUGGCGCCAUGGCGACAUCGAGGACAUGCUCAAAACGAUUGCGUUCAUUGCCGGUCACAAAUGGACGUCGACCAUGGUGAAACGAGUGUACUUUGGAAAUUGGCUGCGCGAUUAUUCACAAGCCAUGGAUGUCGGGACCCUGAAAAACCUCCAGGCCGAGACUAUCCGUGUCCUUGUGUGGGUCCUUUCGUUCCUGAGCUUCGGAUACGCGACGGGUGAAUUUGAAGUUACCUCCGAACGGCUCGGUGUCUAUCGGCCGGAGGAGCAUAUUGACAAUCCCAAAGACUAUGCUGAUAACGAGGACGCGCGCCAGUAUGAUGAGCGUCUGCGACCCCCGGUCCGCCAAGUCGAGCUCGAUAUCGACCUUGACACCGGGAUGAAAAAUUAUAUCGCCAACGAGCGUGGGGACUGGGCGACCAGUACCGGCUAUAUCAAGUACAGCCUCAGCCGUAGCAUCCACUUUGGGCGCAUGUACACCAACGGCGGCGAUCGCAAGGGUAAUGAAGAGGAUCUCUGCGAGGCUCUUCGCUGCUUAGGCCAGGGACUUCAUACUCUCGAGGACUUUGCGGCACACACCAACUACAUCGAACUGGCGCUACGGGAAAUGGGCUUCCACAAUGUCUUCCCUCACACUGGCACCGCGACCCAGUGCAAUAUCCGCGGACACCACGUCUUUCCCCUCGUGACUGGAACUUUCGGCAUGGUUGAUUUCUUCCACUCGGUCCUGGGCGAAGCGACCGAUCAUUUUACCCAGUCGGAGGUCAAUGAAAUGGACUUGGCUCUUGGGGAUGCACAGGCCAACUCCCAGUCCAACAACUCUCUCAAUGCCCUCACUGGCUUGCUGGGCAAAAUUCCCGGUACCAGAGAUCUGGUAAUGGAGGCCGAGCAUCUGAAGCAGCUAUCCGAGGCACAAGAAACGGCCAAUCGCUCCCAUGGUUCGCAUAUGGGGUAUUUUGAGGCAGGCGGCUUUGAACAAAGCCGUGCAUCUGAUCCCAACCACUCUACAUCGGCUAGCACAGGACCCGGGCCAGGUCUUCAAGGCAUGCCCGACCUCAACCCUCAGGAGACGGUUUCCAAGAUUUACCCCAUAUUGGCUUUCCGGGACAAGGUUGCCCGCAAAUUGAAUUCUAUCAUUGAGAAGGUUCCGGGCUUGGAGGCUAUCGUUGAGAAGAUUUCUGAAACUUUGACCGUCUUCAUCAUGUCAUUACUUGCACCUUUUAUUCGGCCCCUGAUCAAUGCAGCCUCCAAGUCCCUGCAGACCGGUUCUUCUGGUGUCAUCGCUGCCUCGGGGAGGCACCAGUACGAGCCAUGGACCGACCCGCACUGCACCGAUCCCACUCACUCCCUCCUCUCGAAGGACCACUUCGCCAAUAUCUUGAAUGAACCAGCUGGACAAGUUGCAUCAGCGAUUCUGAAAUACGUUGCUCCCCGGGUGCUUUACGCAUGGCAGCACAUUGACGUCCCAGAGCAGGAGGUUCUAGAUGACUGCCUGCGCGUCUUCCACCAUCCUAUACUCCGAGACAUGCACAACGAAGCUCACCGUACUAUGUUUGAGGCCGUUCAGAAUUGGGUCCACUCCCGUCCAGACCGCGGCUCCAAUCUGAACGACGUUCUCAGUUCUGAGGGCGUUCGGGCAGGUCGUAAUACCGGUGGUGUUCCACACACGCACGCCGGUGAACAUGGCGGAUUUGCCGCAUUGGGUAGCUCUGCCCACGGGCAGACUCAUGGUCAAGGCUCUGGCCAGGGACAAGGACAUGGGUUUUCCGUUGGCGGCAUACAGUCUUUUCUGUCGCAGCACGCCCCAUCUGGCCAGGGCUCGUCUGGCCACGGUUCGUCCAGUCAUGGCUCGUCUGGUCUCCCGUGGGAUAAGCUCUCUCAUUUGCCUAUCCCUGGUAUGUCGAACCUCAACAAGCUAAAUAAACUCGAGAGCACCAUCUCCAAUUUCAUACCUGGUGGUUUCUCGCAUGGCUCGAGGGAGCUUGGCCCCGACGAAGUUGGCAGUGGGGAAGGACAUGAACAUGCCUCGUAUCAAGCGCAGCAGCAGCAAGACCAAGGCUCUUAUGGCCACCAAGGAUAUGGACCGGGCAGUUACAGGUACUGA